CAGGUGAUUCCCGGUCGCGUUUGGUCGGUGCUGAGGACUCGCCGCCGCCGCCGCCGCCGCCAUGUCCGGGCUCGCGCUGCUGUAUUCGGGACUGGGGCUGACCGCGGCCGCCACCAUCACCGGCAUCGGAAUCUGCUACACAAUAUUUGACCUUGGCUUCCGUUUCGAUAUAGCAUGGUUCCUGACAGAGACCUCGCCGUUCUUGUGGUCCAACCUGGGCAUUGGGCUGGCCAUCUCAUUGUCAGUGGUGGGUGCUGCCUGGGGCAUUUACAUUACUGGAUCCAGCAUCCUCGGCGGUGGUGUCAAAGCACCUAGGAUCAAAACCAAAAAUCUGGUCAGCAUCAUCUUUUGUGAAGCUGUGGCCAUCUAUGGAAUCAUCAUGGCCAUCGUUAUCACCAACAUGGCUGAGCAAUUUACGGGCAGAACCCCUAAGGAGAUUGGCCCCCAGAACUACCAUGCAGGUUACUCCAUGUUUGGGGCAGGCUUGACUGUGGGCCUCUCCAAUCUCUUCUGUGGUAUAUGUGUGGGCAUUGUGGGCAGUGGUGCAGCAUUGGCAGAUGCCCAGAAUGCCAGCCUCUUUGUCAAGAUCCUCAUCGUGGAAAUCUUUGGCAGUGCCAUCGGACUCUUUGGAGUCAUCGUGGCUAUCCUGCAGGUGUCUAAAGUGAAAAUGGGCGACUAAGCCCUUUGCCACCAGCCUGUCUGCCAGCUGCAGACUCUGUACAUAUUUAUUUAAUGUCUUCUGUUGGCUUGGGAUGGAGCUUGGUGUAUAAAUUUAUUCCCGUGAUCUUACCCUGCGAUGCCAUGGAAGAACCUGACCAAUUGAUGUGUGUGUGAGAAAGAAUCUGUCCUCCUUUCCUUCCAUCCUUUCCUGCUCCACUUCCCCUGAAGAAUGGGGCUGGAUGGACCUAGGAGAAGGAGCCUAGAGUCUUCCAGCCCUUGUACUCUUUAUGGCAAUCACUGCCAACAGCAAUGCCAUGUUCUGUGAAAUAAACUCAUCCGUGUCCCAA